CUGGACGCCGGGUCACGCACUCCCGCCUGCCCGCCCUGUGUACAUGGCUGCUCCGGACCCCGCAAACCCGGGCACCGCCGGCAGCCCCGGCACCCCGGGCAGUCUGGCCCCGGUGGCAGCCCCGGCACCCCGGGCAAGUCUGGCCCCGGUGGCAGCCCCGGCACCCCGGGCAAGUCUGGCCCCGGUGGCAGCCCAGGCACCCCGGGCAAGUCUGGCCCCGGUGGCAGCCCAGGCACCCCGGGCAAGUCUGGCCCCGGUGGCAGCCCAGGCACCCCGGGCAAGUCUGGCCCCGGUGGUAGCCCCGGCACCCCGGGCAAGUCUGGCCCCGGUGGUAGCCCCGGCACACCGGGCAAGUCUGGUAGCCCCGGCCCCGACCACGGCUCCUCAUCCACCAGCCCCGAUCGCCCGCUGGUGUCGGUGGUCCCGAGCGGUCUGGAGGUCUGGCCACCGCCCGACGUCGGGCUGCAGAUGUGGCCGGACGGCUGGAGGUACCAGGGUGAGUUCCAAGGGAAUUUGAAGCAUGGUGAAGGGAGAUUUGAGUGGAGCAGCCAGGAGUUUUAUGAGGGACAGUUCUACAAAGAUCAUCGGCAUGGACAAGGCUGCUACGUUUGGCCAGAUGGGACCAAAUUCACAGGAGCAUUUUACCUAGAUCGAAAAGAUGGAUACGGCACUUUAGAGAUGAAGGAUGGCUCCAUGUUCCAGGGCCUUUAUAAAGAUGAUGAACGGUUUGGACCUGGCGUGUUCACCUAUCCCAAUGGACGCCAAGAUGUGGGCCUGUGGUAUCAGAAUCAUCUCAUCAGACUUUCUACGGCAGUUGCAGGAGCCUUCUCCGUGAAGGACCACCCAAUGUUUAAUUCUGACAUGGGGAAGCAGGUUGUCACAUUCAGUCCUUACAAGGAGAAGUAUUUGUGGAGAGUUGAUCCCAUGGAAGAUCCCUUCUUUUACCCCUACAAGAAGCUCCUAUUUGAUGACAGCUACACCUUGCCAUCAGAAAUCGGGACGUAUUCCAAUAAUGCUGAUCACUUGCCCCUCACUCGUUCUUAUCGGAGAGAAGGUGACAGACAUUUCUUCCCAGAAGAAGAAUUGGUAGCUGAGGACCAGACAGAGACAAUCAUCGUUAUAAACAAAACUCCUUUGCUGGUUCAAAUGCAGAUGCACAUCCAUAGACAUAGGCACACGCAGACAAAACUCCCGUGGGACGUGGCGGCUGUGAUAGAAGGGAACCGCGAGGGCUUUGGCCCCAAAGGACCGCUUGAGUGCAACUCCGAACAACUGCUGAUGGCAACUGGAGAGGGUGCCGUUGAGAAAGUGCAGGAGAUGCUCAAAACCAAUUUAGUAAGUGCAGAUGUGGCUGAUCGGCACGGGCACACAGCACUAAUUGGAGCCUCGGUUGCUUGUCGCAGUGAUAUAAUCAACAUUCUUCUGGACAACGGAGCAAACGUGAACAAGCUGAAUGAUGAGGGUGUUUCCGCGCUGAACAGCAGCAAGACGCUUUAUUAUCCAGUUGGCAGUUAUAAAUACAAGAAAGUCAGCCCUAAGGCGGAAGUCAAGAAGGAGGAGUGGCAUGCUUCCCGUGUAAGUUCAAUCAGAGUGAUUACCCUGAAAGAAGAUGGUGAAUUGACAGAAGAGGUGAAGAAAGCCAAAAGACUCUCAAUCUAUGACCGCAGAAUCAGGCUGGGCAGCAUAAUCCUCAAGACGUCUCCAUUAGUAAGCAAUAAUGCAGAGGAUGAGAUGGAAGGGUUUGGAGACUCAGGAGAGUAUGAAAGUGAUGUUGAUGAUGAAUCUGGGAGCCUGCAGCCACCGUCAGCAGGGUUUACUGCAAGUGGUGAUCCUGAUUCUGAGGAGAGUGCCCAGAACUUCCAGUUAACAAUUGAUGAGCGUCAAUUGCAACGUGCAGCUGAUCUGCUGAGCAGGAACAAAAAAUUUAAGGAGUCGACUAAGUAUGCAUCUUCAGGAACUAAUGAUGCAAACUUUGAAAAUAUACGGAGAAUAGCAGAGAUGAAAUCAGAACAUCGGAGUAGAAGAAAAAUUACUAAUCUACUUCUUCGUAGAGGGGCAGACCCCAAUAUUUCCUCACAUCCAAUGUCAUCAAUAUUUUUCUCCUUGAUGGCAGUGGACAUCAAGGCAAUAAAAACCUUGCUGGAGAAUGGAGUGAAUCCAAACACCCGACUUCAGACGAUGAAGGAAGGAAUGAAUGGACUGCUCCCACUCCACAUUGCUGCCAAUCUCCCAGGCAAGAGAGGUGUGCAGAUUACAGAGCUCCUGCUGAACGCUGGCGCAAACCCUGAUUUAGGAGCAGAGGACAGCGAUGAGAUCUACGGGCCUGAUCAGAUAUUUGACCCAGAGUUGUCGACCAGGUUUGUUGCGAAAAGCCCCAAUCAGUUAGGUGUCCCGAAGCAUUACCACAGCCCGUCUGAAAUCAUGCCUAAAGUGGGUGGACGAACCGCAUUGCAUAUUGCUUGUCAACGUGAAGAUGACUACAAGCAUGCUCAUCAGAUUGUUCAACAUCUCCUGAAGCACAAGGCAAAUCCCAAUUUAUUAUGGAGUGGCCACUCGCCCUUAUCGUUAGCCAUCGCCAGUGGAAACGAUCUGGCAGUGGACGAGCUGUUGGCCAACGGGGCAGAUCCCAACCUGCCUCUCACCCACGGCUUGGGCAAUGCCCUGAGCGUGGCACUGAGCACCAAAUAUGAGGACAAGAGAAACCUGCAGGGCAGAGUGGAUUUGGUCGCCAAGUUAAUCAAGGCUGGUGCCAAUAUCUUGAUGCCCAUCACAAUUCAAGACAAGACCAAUAAAGCUGUGGGAACAGCUCUAGACUACGGCCACUACAAAUAUUACCAGGAUAAGAGAAUAGCAGAGACGCCCUAUCAUGCACUAUCCAAAGAGGAGCGAGAGGUCUACAACUCCCGACGCUUCCUCCUCAACUUUUUGAGUGAGCCAUUCCGUUCGGCCACCAUCGACAAGGAACGGAAGCGGUUUGACAACAUCAUCCAGCAGAACAUUCGAACCCGGGCACCAGGGACCAUAUCCCAGCUCAGUGAAUCUGAGGCACUAACCUUCGCUGACAUCAGCCUAACAGCACAGAUCAUCUUUGAGCGACACGCUCAGAAGACCGACAAAACUCUGACUUUGACAGUGGUCCCAGAUAAGAAGAGGAAAGUUGAUGACAAACUUUACAGUAGGCAUCUCUUCAAAUUCAAGUUCUGCUACUACUGCGGCCGCUCGGUGGGGGUCCAUCUGACACCUUGCACCCGGUGCAAGGAAGUGUAUUACUGCAGCAAGGCCUGCAAGCUGGCAGCAUGGAACGAGUUUCACAAGGAUGAGUGCUACGUCGUGAAAGGGAGAGGUCGUGGUUCAUCCAGAAAGAAGAAAGGGGGUGAAAAAGAUGGAAUAAAGGGGUCCGAAGAAGAAGAUGAAGACAGAGAGAGAAUCGAAGGGGAGGGAGUAAUUAAGGAUGGAUCACAGGAUUGGAGUAUUUCAACUACACUCUCCUUCAUGGAUAUGGACAACUACAGCUUUAAUUAAAGCUGCUUUCAAUCCGUUGACUUUCUCAGUUUUGUCUUGUAUGCCUUUUAUUGGGGAGGUGCAUUAUUAUAUUAUCACCUCUCUGCUAGAACAGAGAGUUUUUGGCUUAUCUGGUAAUGUUAAGAGGUCUGGGCUAAGAAAUGUAAUUAAAUCAUGUGUACUGCUUUAAGAUAUUUCAACCAAUUAAUUUCAGGCAAUAACCUAAAAGAAUAUUUUUAAUAUUGGAGAAUGCACUAAAACACUACAGGAAUGUUAUCAAACAAAAUUUGACACCAGAAGAACCAAGCAAAUAUUAGGCAGAUAAUAGACACAAAAAGCUGGAGGAACUCAGCGGGGACAGGCAGUAUCUCUGAUUAGAAGUGGGUGCAUUUUGGGUCGAGACCCUUCUUCAGACCAGGCAGAUAAUACUGGCUAAAGUUGGAGAUAUUAUGUAUGGAAGGAGGAGGAGGAUGUUCAAGAGGCCAGAAUUAGAGUUUGGUGAUUGCAGGGGCUGGAGGAGAUAACAGAGUAGACAGCAUUGAGGCUGAAGAGAGAUUUGAAAACAAGAUAGGUUGCUAGGAUUUGAAAAAAUAGCCAUCACUUAACUUUGAACUAAAGUAACCCAGAUAAAUGUGAGGACUGUGUUAACUUAACAGAAGUAUAUGAACAAAAGCUUAAUCAUGGAUUUUAAAUAAUGUAUUGUAAGGAGGCAUGGUCAAGUGCAAUACUUCCAGAGUUUAACACCAGGAGCAGUUGAUUUGGCAAUGAAUAAAAGGCCAGCUUUAAAGGAGUGUAGAAACCUCAGAUAGCUACAAGGAUAUGACAGAGAAAGGUCAUCCCAGAGGUAUAGGAAAACAAGAAAUUAAAAUCAGGCAACUGUUCAGUUGGGAACCACACGGGGUCACAACCCCAGGGUCGGAUGGACAUUGUGGAUGGACCACACGGUCAUUCAAGGUUAACAGGAUUGUGGAUGACCUGAGGUUUACGGAGAUUAGAACAGGGAUGCCUGCAGAGGAAUGUGUUGGAAGAUUUGUGUCCGGGCAUGGCAAAAGCAUGAUUGGGCAUUUCAGGAGCAAUGUACUAGAUGAAUGUUAGGUUCAGGAGAUGCUAUCAUUGUGAGCAUGGUUGGGUUUAAGGAUGGCAAGAUUAAAAGGUCUAAUGCUUAUCCAAAGUUCAGGUAUGCCACCAUUGUUGUCAGCAAUCUGGUUUAAUUUUAGGACAGAUGGCAGAAGGAGACAUGAAACUGGUCGCUGGGGUUCAGAGUUUGUGACAAGGACCAUGGACAGGAAAUGCAUUUAAUCGAUUGAUGUUAUGGGACUAUCGGAGUGUCAGAACAGCAAUCAUAGUGUGUUAUGCAAGUAGUUCUGAGUUAGAAAUGAGGUGGCAGUUGGCAAGAUUAGAUCAGUGGAUGAAGGGUGAUUGUCUGUGGGUCUGAAGGCAGAGGGGAAGGAAACUUGAGAAGAGGGAACCAGUAUUUACACCAACUGACAAGGAACAGGAAGGAA